AGCUCGUGCGGCUCCGCGCGGCUCCUCAGUGGAUCCCGAGCCGCGGACAUGGAUGACCCUCACAAAAUGGCUCCACGCGCCCACGGUGACACUGACAGCGCCGCGCGGACACGGACACGCCGCGGGUGACGUGCGGUGGAAUGCGAGCCUCGAGGGACUUGGUUUAAGCGCAGCGCUUUCAGAAAUUCGGACAGAGUAACGCGAGUGCAUGUUAUACGUUUCGGAAUAUCCGCGCAGCAAAAGUCGAGAGAAUGACGGAAAAACCGAACGCGGAGCUGCGACGGGAAGGUCCGGGGGAGGAGGAGGAGGAGGAGGAGGAGGAGGCGCGCGAGCCCCCGCGGCGCGAGCACGACGCAUCCAGCGCGGCCUCCGAGGGGGGCGAACCACGUGAGGAGCAGGAAAGCACGAGCGCGGAGCCCGCGCAAAGUCAGCAGAGGGACGAAGCCAUCCCGGGGGAGCGCUGUGAGAGUGACGGGAGUGUCGUCGCUAACGGCGUUGCUAAGGAAACGGCUCACGACGCCAGGGAGCCGGCGGAGAAGGAAGUGGCACUGAUCGAGCUGUCCGCGAGAGGAGGGAGCGUCGCUAUAAAAGGCGGAGACAACAAGGCAGACGGCGAGCACAAGGUGCAGACCACGGAGCUGCGGAGACCGCCGGGGCCGCUGCCGCUCUCCCUGCCGUUCUCCCUGCCGCUCUCACUGCCGCUCUCCCUCUCUCUGCCUCCGCCUCCGCCGCCGAGCGACAGUCGAAUGGUGCAGCUGAGUCCGCCCGCCUUCCCGCUGCCGGCACGAGCGAUGCUCUACAGCAACGUGACGCAACCGCUCGCCAACCUGAACAGCGGCUUCGCGGAAGACCCGGAGCAGUACGGCAUGUACCCCAGCAGCCGGGUGAAGCGGCGGCCUGCGCCCUACGAGGUGGAGAUCAGCGAUGGCUCCCAGCCCAAGGUCGUACGCCGGAUCUUCACCAACAGCCGCGAGCGCUGGCGCCAGCAGAACGUGAACGGGGCCUUUGCGGAGCUACGCAAGCUCAUCCCCACGCACCCACCCGACAAGAAGCUGAGCAAGAAUGAGAUCCUGCGUUUGGCCAUGAAGUACAUCAAUUUCCUGGCCAAGCUCUUGAACGACCAGGACGAGGUGGUGGGGGGCGGGAACGGCGGUGCCAGGACCCGGGAAGUCCACGAGGCCGGGCUGGGCAGGGAGGACCUGCUGCAGGACAUGCUGUCCCCCAACUCCAGCUGCGGCAGCCUGCUGGACGGGGACGGCAGCCCGGAGAGUUUCACCGAGGACCAGGACUCCUCGGCAGAGAUGCGGCCCACCCCAAGAGGCCUGGUCCACCACGCGCUGCCGUCGGACGCCAGCCACCAGCGGUGAUGGGCCUCGGCCUGCGCGCGGAAUGGGACGGCGGGGGUCGGAAAGGAAGCGCGUCACAUUCACCGGGGGACACGGCGCCAUAUAGUCGGCCAGAUGCGUUUUGUUGCGACGCGCCGUUAACCGUGCAAGGUCUAUAUUUUUCUUCCGAAAUUUCACUUUUAUUUUCCUUCGUUGGUCUUUUGUACCCACGUGGCCCGAGCGAAUAGCAGAAAGGCAUCUCCAGCAAACUGUGGUACAAAGGAAGAGUCGAGACGGGAGUUUUCGGGGAUGUCGGAUCGACGUAGGUCCAUUUUCCUCCUGCUGUUGUAAGCAGGUGAAGGACCGCUGCCCCGACACGAGCAACGGACUCCAGCGGCGCUCGUCGGCAAACAUACUAACAACCGUACAAACAACAAGUGGAAAAGGCAAUCGGGACACGCGCUCAAAACGGUACCUUUUCUUUCUCCUCCCGAAGGUACUGUACACUCGUCACAUGAGGAAAUCGUUGCAAGAAUGUACUGUAGUGUUUAUGUAGUCCAGGGAAUAUGUUCGACGGAACAUUUUCGGAGAAAAAAUGCGUUUCGGACAGGACGAAACUAACACUAAGUGGAAGCCUAUUCUAAAAUUGUACACUUUCCUACAUCAGCAACUGGACAAAAUACAACUAUUCUUCAUUUUUUCAGCA